GGUGCGUAACAAGGUUUGUUUACAAUAGUUAAUAAUAAUAUAUGUUAUCAAUUUGCACCCAUCGUUCAUACUGCUCUUGAUUUUUCGAAUCACACAAACAUUUUAUUCAACAUCUUAUGCAAAUUAUAUUACAAAGCAAAUCUUGGUAUAUAGGUAAACUUGAAGGAUCUGUGUAGUUUUCGGGAAAAGAUCCCAUAGGAUUUUUCACCUAAUCGAAUGAUAUGGCAAUCCAUGAUGAAACUCUCUUGUAUAUAGCCCAAAGGAUAAAAAUCCAGAUCUGUGCUCCUCGUACGUCUUUAAUUCUAUCCUAAGUAUUUGUUGAAUCGCAUAUAAACACAUUUAAAUUUACUGUUUUGGAAUUUAUCAUUAACUGUUGCUUUCAUCUUUAUAUCGAAUUGUGUCAAUAACAAAUACUUUAUUUAUAAUCCAAAUAGUGGGGAAAAAAACCUCCCUCAUUGUACUCUUCUCCUUGAUUUAUUUUGAACAAUGGAGAGUAAAUCUGACGAAAAGAAGAAUCAAGAUAUUGAACUUACUCCAUCGGAUAUCGCCAAAACUUAUCGAACUACUGUCCCUGAAGAUAAUGAAUAUAUAGUUAAUAAAGAUACUGAUAGUAUUUUAAAAGAUUCCACCAACGAGUCAAAGCGAAAAUGGCGACUUGAAGGUGUAAAUAUUGUUGUAUUAUCUGUGAUCAUUUUAUCAACUGCUAUAACUAUAGCUUUAAUUUUUAGUAUUAUUUUUGGACAACCUCAGGUUGCACCUAAAGGUGCUGUCGCAGUGGAUGAUGAUUAUUGCGGACAAAUCGGUUUAAAUAUAAUGCAAAAGUAUAAAGGAAAUGCUGUGGAUGCAAUGGUAUCGGUUAUGUUAUGUUUAACUGUAACUCGUCCUGAUGUUGCAAGUUUAGGCGGUUGUGGUGUUGUAUUAGUACGUGAUCGUAAUAAACAAACAAGUCAUUUAUUUGAUUUUACAUGCCCUGUUCGUAAUAGUGCUGACACAGUAAAAGAUAAACCAGAUAAAAAGAAACCUGCAAGUUUAGUCGGUAUUCCAUCUUUAGUACGUGGCCUGUCAAUGAUACAUCAACGAUUUGGUUUAUUGAAAUGGUCCGAUUUAUUUGUUGGUGCAAUUAAAUUGGCUAAAAGUGCUUUUAUGCCUAGUAAAUCAUUAAUUGAAUCUGCAAAUCAAAUUAAACUUUCAAAUCCACCAGAAUUUUUACAACCAAUUUUACAACAACUCAUCAAUGAAACAACAUUAUAUCGACCACCAAAUGAUUUACAGUAUACAUUAAAAUAUUUAGCUAAUCAACGUGAUCAUUAUUUCUAUGAUGAUAAUGAAAAUUCAUUUAAUAGACAACUGGUCAAUUCUAUGCAACAACAUAGUUCUUCAUGGUUAUUAAAUGAUAUGAAAAAUUACACAGUACAUUGUCCAAAUUCAAUUAAAAUGAAUUUCGCUGGUUUCACAUUAGAAUCAUUUCCAGCUCCAUUAGUCGGUGGUAUUUAUGCUUUACUCCUAUUGGGUAAUUUAGAUCUUAAAAAUACACUCACUCCACUUGAUCAUGAAGCAUUACUUAAACAAGAUCCAUUUGUUACAGCUGUCUACUUACAUCGUCUGUUAGAAUUGGCUCGUUUAACUGAAGCAUCAAUUACUACACUGGGUGAUAUCAGCGAUCCUAAAAUACAUGCUGCUGCUAUCGCUGCUCAAGAUAAUAUUUUCUCAAAAUCUGUACGUGAAUCAACUGUAGCUAGUAUUCUGGAUAAUACUAUAGUUAAAGAACAUUCAUUAUUGGAUGUGCUUAAAACAACUUCUGAAAAUGUCAAUAUCGGUGAUACUGGUAUUGUUAUAACAGAUUCGAUAAGUUUCACUGUGAUUGGCAACCUGUUCAUGGGUUCAUUAUUUGGUAAUGGACAAAUGAUACCAGGUACAGGUGUACAUAUGAAUUCCAUGUUACAGCUAUUCAGUGAAAUAAAAUUGAAUCAAUUCUCUGCUGGCCGACGUCCUCUUCUACCAAUCGGACCGAUUUAUUUAUCAACAACACAUAGAAAAUGUGGUAUUCGUGCUGGUCUAACCUCCACCAAUGGUUUAUGGGGUUUGACAGAUUUGGUAGAAGUGAUCAGUAAUGCAGCAUUAUUCCUUCGUGGUGCCCAGUGUCAAUCACCUGUUGUAACAACAUUGCAACAAUUUAAUGCUAUGCCUUCAAUCACUACUGACAACAAACAAUCUUUUUCAUCAUCUAUACCAAUCAUAAGUCAUAGUGUAUUUAGUCCAGCUACAGAGAAAAAUUGUAUUAAUCAAACGUAUGCAAUUCAUUUGUCUCGAAUACAUCCCACCUAUAAUCGACUUGUACCUGGUAGUAUACUUGUGGAAAAUGCAACAAAUUUAAAUUUUCUCAAUACAUUAAAGCAAUUCAAUUAUCAUAUUGAAUUAUUACCCAGUAGUAAUCAACAACAACAAUGGUGGCCUAGUCGAGUAUUUUUAACCGGUUGGAAUGGUUACACUAUGAUUACUAGUGGUGAUAAUCAACGUUCCAUGAAUAAUAGUAAAACAUUGUAUCAAUUUUAAAACGGAAAAUAAUGUACACUGUAAUUUUCUGUCUCAUUCACUCAUUUACUCAUUCAUUCAUUCAAUCUUCAAUAAUUCUUGUUUUUCUAUAAUAUUGAUUAUUGAAUAUUGAAUAAUAAUCUGAUGGCUGUGAUAUUUUUUCAUAAUACCAACAUAUAAUCAAUCAGUUAUCAUUAUUGUGAAUUGUUCGUUUGUCAUAUAAUGAAUGUCCUUCUUGUCUAAUAAUUGAUGUUGUUUAAAUGUUACUUAUUCUUUCCUCUUUUUUUGUGCGGCGUUCAAUUUCCAUUGAACAAUGUGUUCAUUGUUCAAUUUUAAUCAGUUAAUUAGUUAGUUAGUUAGUUAGCGAGUUAGUGAGUUUGUUUACUUAUUUUUGCAUUUUAUUGUUUCUCCUUUGGCUGUGUAAUUAAUUAUCAAAUUAAUCUUUUUUUCUGUUUUGGUUUGACUUUAAAGAGUACUUAUUUUACUAUAUUAUUAUUAUAUAUUA